AUGGCUCCCACGCUUCUGUGGAUCGGCCUGGGUAAUAUGGGCAGGGGAAUGAGCAGAAACAUUGUCCAAAAGGGUAAUCUCGACUCUCCCCUCCUAGUCUACAACCGUUCAACCAAGCGGACUGUGGAGUUUACCAGCACUCUGCCUGGGGGGAAGGCCGAGGUAGUCGAGUCCGUGGCUGACGGCGUUUCGCGCGCCGAUGUCAUCUUCUCAUGCAUUGCCAACGACGAGGCAGUCCAGGAGCUCUACAAGACGAUCCUCGAAGUCGACAUCACCGGCAAGCUCUUCAUUGAGAGCUCUACCAUCCACCCAGACACAACCGAGGCUAUCGCCAAGGAAGUGGUGGCUCGGGGCGCUGAGUUCGUCGCUGCGCCCGUCUUCGGUGCCCCCGCUAUGGCUGAUGCUGGACAACUCGUCGGUGUGCUCGCGGGGCCGCGAGCCAGCGUCGCCCGCGCUAAGCCGUGGUUCACGGGUGUCACAUCGCGUGGCGAGAUCGACCUGAGCGACGAGCCGUACGGCAAGGCGCUAACUCUCAAAGUACUGGGCAACACUUUUAUCCUCAACAUGGUGGAGCAAUUGGCAGAGGCGCACGUGGUUGCUGAGAAGUCUGGUCUGGGGACCGACGCCAUCCAGAAAUUCGUUGAUGCCAUCUUCCCGGGGCCAUACGCGGCGUACAGCACGCGGAUGCGCACUGGUGACUACUAUAAACGGGAAGAACCGCUAUUUGCAGUGGAUCUGGCCCGCAAGGAUGCUCGGCAUGCGCUGAGCCUGGCCGAAGCUGCUGGGGCAAGGUUGCGGAACGUAGAGACGGCAGAUGCACAUCUGGCGCAGCUGAAGGAGCACGCUGGUCCAUCGGGAGACAUUGCCGGGAUUUACGGGGCUGCGAGGAAGGAGGCGGGUCUCAAGUUUGAAAAUGAAGCCUGA